AUGACUCAACAACUUCAAGCUGGUGAUUAUGUUAACAUUGACUUAGAAUUAGAAAUUGUGCAGUCUCUUCAACACGGUCAUGGUGGUUGGACAGAUAAUAUGUUUGAAUGUCUCGGCACAACUGGGAUUGUUCAGAGUCUUGAUGAAGAUUACGAUGUUGUAGUUGUUUACCCGAGUGGGAAUCGUUGGACAUUGAAUCCAGCUUUGUUGACUCGAAUUGAUUUAACUUCCGAACAAAAACUUGCUUUACAACGACAACAAACGACAACAAUUCAAGCACGAGCAGCAGCUUCUGCUGUCGUGUCUCAUCAGGGUUUGAAAGUCAAUGAUAUGGUUCAGAUAUGCAGCGAUUUAGAAAAAAUAAAAAACUUCCAGCGCGGACAUGGCGAAUGGGCAGAAGCAAUGGUGCCGGCGUUGGGAAAAGUUGGUCGAGUUGUUCAUUUGUAUACUGAUGGAGAUAUCAAAGUUCAAGUUGCUGGCGGCUCGUGGAUAUUCAAUCCUUUAGCUGUGGCAAAAGUUAGUCAGACACACUGCACAGAAGGUGGCAACGAAGAACGACUUAAUGCUAUGUUGAAGAAGUUGUUUGACGCACAAAUUACUGGUGAUAUCCAUGAAGAACUUGUCAAAGCUUCAGCUAACGGCGAUGCAAAACGAGUUGAAGACCUAUUGAAACGACCGAACGUUGACGUUAAUGGCAUUUUUGCUGGUCAUACGGCUUUGCAAGCAGCGGCUCAGAAUGGUCAUAUCGAAAUCGUUCGUUUACUUAUCGAACAAGAUGUCAAUACAGAAAUCGAAGAUAAAGAUGGAGAUCGCGCAGUUCAUCAUGCCGCAUUUGGCAAUGAAACAGUUGUGUUAGAACUGCUCAGCAAAGCAGGAGCUGAUCUAAAUGCAAGAAAUAAACGACGACAAACAGCAUUACACAUCGGUGUGUGCAAAGCCCAUUUGGAUGUAUGUAAAGUUCUGCUAGCAAACGGUGCUCAUCCUGGCAUACAAGAUUCUGAUGGCGAUACACCGUUACAUGAUGCCGUAUCCAAACGGCGCGAUGAUCUAAUUGAACUCUUGCUUGAACAUAAUGCAGAUGCUGCAACAUGCAAUAACAAUGGCUUUAAUUCAAUUCAUCAUGCUGCUUUACGUGGCAAUUUCUCUGCUAUCGAACUGAUUCUAUCGAAAAUUCAAAAUCGUCAAUGGCUUGUCGAUGAAAAGAAAGAUGAUGGAUUUACAGCUUUGCAUUUAGCUGCACUUAAUGAUCAUUGUCUUGUUGCGGAAUUACUUUUGACUAAAGGAAAUGCAUCCAUUAAUGUACAAAACACAAGUUUACAAACUCCACUUCAUCUUGCUGUCGGUCGACAACAUAUUCAGAUAGUUAAUUUAUUAUGUAGUAAAAAUGCCAAUGUUAAUCUCGUUGACAAAGAUGGUGAUACGUGCUUGCAUGAAGCAUUAAGACAUCACACAUUAUCGCAAUUGAAGCAAUUACAAGAUGUGGGCGAUAGUGGCAAAACAAUGAACAUAUUCACGAAUACAAACGGUUAUGAUAAACGGCCAAGUGUAGUCAUUGCGUGUACAUUAGUCAGCUCCGGUGCCGAUUUAUCGAUGAGAAACAAGAAGAAUCAAACACCAUUCGAUCUUUGCCCUGAUCCACACCUUUGUCGACUUUUAACACAAAAGAAUAUAGAAUACAAACAAGAACACAGUAAAAAUCAGCCAUUCUCUGAUAAUAGUAAUUCAAUUGAAUGUCUUGUUUGUUCGGAUAACAAACGAGACACGUUAUUUCAACCAUGUUCACAUAUUGUGACAUGUCAUUCGUGUGCAAGUCGAGUAAAAAAAUGUCUUUUAUGCAAAGAGAAUGUUCAAACGAGAAUUAAAAUCGAACAAUGUAAAAAUUGCUCGGAACGUAAAGCAUCGGUGAUGUUCAAACCAUGUGGACAUUUAAUCGCUUGCGAAGAGUGUGCUGCAAUGAUGCAAGUGUGUCUUGCAUGUCGAAUACCGAUCGAAUCAAUUGUCCCGUUCAAAGAUUUAUGCUCAGAAAAUAAUGAGAAUCUUCUUUCGAAAUCAGAAUCGUUGAACACAACAGCAAUACCUUCGAAUAAUGUGACUGAUGCUGUUGCAUUAGCACGGCUACAGCAGCAAUUGCAAGAAAUUCGCGAGCAAGUGCAUUGUCCAAUAUGUAUGGACCGUUUGAAGAACAUGGUCUUUUUAUGUGGCCAUGGUAUUUGUCAGAAUUGUGGCGAUCGUGUACAAGAAUGUCCGAUAUGUCGAAAGCAAAUCGAGAAAUCGAUCAUUUUAUAUACAUGA